GCUUUGGGGAGAAAAAGCAGAAAAAAGAGAAUUAGAGAGAAAUGGCAUAUUUGAAGAGUUGGCUGGUAAAAGAAAACAGAUGGAAUGACAGCAGGAACAGAUUUUCUAGCCAGAUUGUAUAGACUGCCAGUAGAAGAAAAGAUGUUUAAUAGAGCCUUUCAAAUUCAUAUUGAGAAUUAAAAAAAAUUUUAUUGAGCACCAACUCUGAACCAGGCACUUUUUUAGUUCCUAGUUUCGUUAGGGAUGCAGCAGUGAACACAAUAGAUAAGAAAUGCCUGGCCUUAGUGAGUUGCCAUGUUCCCGUGUGGGGAGUCAAUAAAUGAAUGAAAUAUGUCAAAUGGUGAUAAGUGUUGUGGAGAAGAUGGAUAAGGGGGUGCUAGAGUGGUCAGGGAAGACUUCACCGAAGUGACAGUCUCACCUUGCGGGAGAGGGAGCAAGCCAUGUAGAUGCAUGGGCAAAGAACGUCACAGCAGAGAGACCUGCAAGUGCAGUGGCUCUGAAGUAGUUUGCCUGGCGUGUGUGAAGGACAGCAAAGAGGCCAGUGUUGUUGGAGCAGUGAGCAAGGGGGAGAGUAGAGGUGAGGUUACAGAAGUAAUGGAGUAGCCGGGUCUUGUAGGACCUCGUAGGCCGUAUUAAUGACCUUGGUUCUCUGAGUAAAAUGAAAGGUCGCUGAAGGCUAUUGAGCAGAGGAGUCUUGUGUUUUGACUUGUAUUUUAAAUCAUCUCUCUAACUGCUGUGUUGAGAAUAGGCUGCAGGGGAUGAGGUGGAGAGUGGAAGCAGAGAGACCAGUUAAGAGGCUAUUGUAGUCAGCCAGGUAAGAAAUUACAGCGGAUUGAAACAGGGAGAGAUUGGCACGAGUGGUUGUCAGGUUUUAGAUAUUUAGAUGGUAGAGCCAAUAGGAUUUGCUAAUGGGUUGAGUGUAGCAUGUAAGGCAAAGAGAGGAGUAAAAUUUCUCCAACCAAGUUUUUUGUCAUGAGCAACUGGCAGGAUAGAGUCACUGAUUACUGGAACGUAGAAUUCUGAGAGAAGAGCAGGUUUUGGCGGUAGGAGGUAUACAUCAGGAGCUCAGUUUUGAACUUGUUAGGUGCCUGAGAGACCUGUUAGACAUCUAAGUGGAGAUAUGGAGUAGGCAGUCAGAUAUGUGUGAAUCUGGGGUGGAGCGCAGAGUCAGGACUAGAGAUGCAAAUUGGAAAACUAUUAGUGUGUAUAUGGUAUUUAAAACUGUGAGACUUGAGGAGGUCACCAGGGCAAAAGUAUAGGUAAAGGUGAAGAAGAACCAGCAGUGACUGAAAACUAAUGACCUGUGAGGAGGGAGGAAAGCCAGGAGCAUGUGGUGUCCUGGAAGCCAGAAGAAGAGAGAGCUCGAGAAGGAGGGCAGAGGCACUCUGGGUUCUGAGCCGGAGAAUGGUGUGAAAAAGACAGCAUGAACUUUACGCCGACACAUACCCCUGUCUGCAGAAAACGUGGUGUUUCCGGUGGCUUCAGUGGUUCUCCCAGGUGGAGGGGAGUGUCUUUCUCAGAGGCAAUGGAGUCAACUCCCUUGCCUUCCGUCGAAGAUCGUCUGGCCAUCCUCUGCCCUUCUCAGGAGCUUCUAGAAUAUUAUCAAAAGAAAAUGGCUGAAUGUGAGGCAGAAAAUGAGGACCUAUUGAAGAAACUGGAACUCUACAGAGAAGCUUGUGACGGCCAGCAUAAACUAGAGUGGGAUUUGCAGCAGAGGGAGGAAGAGAUUGCUGAAUUGCAGAAAGCUCUAAGCGAUAUGCAGGUCUGCCUCUUCCAGGAGAGGGAACAUGUUUUACGCCUCUACUCAGAAAAUGACCGGCUGAGAAUCAGGGAGCUAGAAGACAAGAAAAAGAUUCAGAAUCUCUUGGCUCUUGUGGGAACAGACACUGGAGAGGUGACCUAUUUCUAUAAGGAGCCUCCCAACAAAGUCAGCAUUCUCCAAAAGACUGUCCAGGCUGUAGAUAUAUGUGAACAGAAUGCAUCUUCAGCUUUCAGAGCAGAUUCUAAAGUGAGCAAAAGAAAACCAGCAAUGAGAGAGAAGGAGGAGAGUUCUGAGCAAUACCAAGGAGACAUACAAACUCUUAUCCUCCAGGUGGAAGCCCUGCAGGCUCAGAUGGAAGAACAAACCAAGCUUUCUAGAGAGCAAGUUGAAGGGCUCAUGGAGGACAGACGGAUCCGCAUUGAAGAGAUACAAGUUCAUCAUCAGAGGAAUCAGGACAAAAUCAAAGAGCUUACCAAAAAUCUCCAUCACACCCAAGAACUACUCUAUGAGAGCACCAAAGACUUUUUGCAACUCAGAUUUGAAAACCAAAAUAAAGAAAAGUCAUGGAUGCUUGAAAAGGAUCAUUUGAUAUCAAAGCUUAAGCAGUACAGGGUGCAGUUUAAGAAGAAAGAAGAUAAAAUUGGAAAAGUUUGGCCAGUUGUUCAUGAGAGUCGUCAUAACCAAAACGAAUAUAUUAAGUCCCUAAAGGAUAAGUUAGUACAAGAGAAGAAGCUGUCCAGCAUGUACCAAGAGCAGUGCAUUGCCCUGGAAGAAGAACUUGCCCGAAUUCGGGAGGAGGAGGGGGUGAGGAGAGAGAUCUUCAAGGAUCGCACCAACAAGAUGGGGAAGCGUUUACAGGUAAUGACAAAACGCUAUGAGGCCUUGGAGAAUCGGCGUGUCUUGGAAGUAGAAGGCUUUAAGACGGAUAUUAAGGCUCUCCGGCAGAAACUGAAAGACUUGGAGCAAAUGCUCUAUAAGGCAACACUUAACGCGCGGGCAAACCAGGACCUUGCCAUCCUCUGUGAGGUCCGGGACAGCAAUAGACGGGCACAUAAGAUACAAGGAGAACUGAAGAACCUGAAGUCCAAAGUAUUUGGUCUGGAGAAUGAACUUAGACUCUGUUGAUCUUUACUUUUGGAAAUGACUCUCAUCUGGAAUAGGCCUGCUUCCUGAAAUCUGAAAACAAAAUGUCGUCUUCUCCCAGGAACUACAGGCAGAGAGAUGCCUGGGAUAGUGCUAUCUGUUAUUAUAGAGACAGAGUGAAGAAGCAUCAGGACUGCUUAUAAAGCUUUUCUUGCGUGUUAAGCUUUAUCUAUAGUUUUUGCUGUCCUGUUAACCUUUUAGUUGUUUUGGUCUGGACUAUAACCUGAAUUAGUUAGACAUUUUCCCACAUUUAUAAUGACAGCUUUUGUUUUUUUAAGAAGACAAUGACGAUGAAAACUUAGGAAGAAAGUAUUUUUCUGUGAGCUUGGCUGAGUGUCAAUGGGAACACCUUUCCUGAGGAGAGAAAGGCAUCCACAGAGCUCACCUUCCUCCCAGGCAGAGGGAAGGCAGCAAACCACAGCUUGUGAAAUGUGACUAGGCAGGCAUUCUGCUGUGUGACUGUGUUCGUGAGCUGUAGGGCCCGAGUUACAUUUUGGGACACCCAGUCUCAUGAAGUUUCACCAGAGGGCACCAGAGACCCUACUCUCAAGCAAAAUGUUCAUCUAGGAAGAUAAAGGUGCCACUUUGCUAAGAGCGAGUGAAACUUAAAUGAUCUUUGUAUAAAAAGUUCAUUAUUAUACCAGUAACAUGGUUUUUUAAAAAUAAUGUAUAUAUUUUAAAUUAACUAUUUUCAAUAAAAUAAGUAAUUGAAAAUA